ACGAGGAGUCGCAAGCCUCUUGCGUUAAGUGCCAAGUAAGAGGAUGAUGGUGUGCCAUUCUGAUUUUAUUCAAUAAACACCCUGCCACUCACCUCUCACACAUUAAUAUUAAUAUUUUAAGGGAUCGUCGUGCCCCUUCCGUCACGAGCCAGCAGCACUACGUAACGAGACCAUGUGUAUCUACUGGAUGCAGGGAACCUGUAACAAAGCCAACUGUAUCUUCAGACACAUGGAAAUUACUAAACAGCGCGACAGGAUAGCUUGUUGGUUUGAAAGUCAGCCGGGAGGAUGUAAGAAGCCUCACUGUCCCUUCCAGCACCAGAAUAUCUUGGACCAUCCCAGAGAAGAAGAUAUCAAGAAGAAACCUGACUUAAUAUUACCAGUGAAGAAAGAGGAGGAAAAGAAAGAAGUGGAGAUCGUCCUCCCUCCUGCUGCUGCUGCUGCUACUGCUGUUGCAGCUGCUGCUACUGCUGAUACUGCUGCUGUUGCUGCUGUCAUGGUGGAGACCGAGCGUCAGGUUAUUCUCCCAGCGUCUGUCACCAGUGAACUAACAACACUGUCACGACAACCCCAGUUCAGCACUCCUAUCAUUGUUCCACUCCAGGAUGGUGAGUCAGACUCGGAGAGUGUAUCAGGAACACCACAGAAGGGAGUGGAGCCAUGCCCAAGACUAAGUGCCCAGAUGGAGUGGGAGCUACGAAGACUACGCCAGAUCCAGGAGCAUGAGGCCAACCUUAUUGGUUAUAUGAUCGAGGAAGACGAGGCUGACCAGUGCGACCAGGGUGACCAGUGUGACCAGGGUGACCAGGAGGAAGCAAAGGCAGUUGUGGACCACAAGACCCAGCAAGACGAUGAGUAUGUUGUUGAGGAGGUGGUGGAAAUUGAUGACAAUGAUGCCACUCAACGACGUCUCUUCCCCCAUGCCAGUGAUCUGCGUUCCCGCCUGCCAGCCAGGACUUUUCCGAAACCUGCUAGUGAAGAUGAUCUCAGACACAGCAUUCUCAAACACCGAAGCAGCCCAAAACACAGGGAAGCACAGGCCAGACAUAAGCCUCCUAUAUCUGCAAGACUAGGAGGGCUGGUGGGCAGGACUCUCGCUGAGACUCUGGGCAUCACAGCUUCACCACGAAAGCUGCAAAUCAAAAGGCUGAGCAAAAGAGGAGAUAGCACAGAAAAUGUUGACAUAAAAUCAGUUGCGCUGAGACUUGGGGACAAUAAGAACGUUGUGAGUCGGCUAGGAGGCAGGUUGGGACACGAGGCACCCAGAAGCAACAACAGAGGAGACACUGUAGAAAGAGUUGAUGCACUGAAGCUUGGAGACAAUAAGAGUGUUGUUAGCCGACUUAGUGGUAGACUGGGACAAGAGUCACCAAGAGGCAACACUCCAGAGGAUAUAGCAAGUCCAGUUGAUAAGCCCUCGUCUGGUCGACUUGGAAUAAAGAGAGGCCAGCAGUCAGAUGCUACUAAAGACUCUAUAACCCACCGCAUAAGUUCCCCUGACACAAGUGUCAAGAAACGUAUAUCUAGAGGUAACUUAGAGAAGACAGAUACUGUACAACUAGAUUUCACUAUUAAAAGUUUAGCUGACAUUAGAGCUGAAAAGCGGAAAACGAGCCCCUCGAAAAAAGUACAAACAUUUGGAGUUAAAAAUGGGACAAAUGUGCAUACUAAUGAAGGAAAAGAAGUGUCAUCAGUCAAAGAUGAGGGAGAAGUGCGGGUCUUGACCCUGGCAGAGAUACGAGCUUCAAAACGGCAGGCAUCGGUCACCUCAGGCUCUGCUGCUCAACAAAAGAGAGCAUUAUCUCCGAUAACAUUUACCCAAAAUUCAUCAAAGAAGUUAAAGUCUGAAUCCUCUAAAGGAAUUAUUUCCCAACAAAGUACAAAUGCCACCAGCGAUAGUUCUUUGAUAAACAACUCUGCAGAAAGAAAAAUAACCUUUAGUACAAGAAAGAUUGCCAUAAACCGGUCGCCAGUCAAAGUGGGUAAAUGUAUCAGUCAAACAUCUGAGAAGGAAGUAGCACCAAGCACAGCUGCUGAACUGGCAGCUUCAAGAGUACAAGCAAAGACAUCUAUAGUGAACACAUCUGUGUCUCACAGUGAACCAGUACAAGUCAAAUCUUUAAGAAAAAGUAAAAAGCUGAGUAGCAGUAUUUGCAGGCCUGCACCAACAAUAUUGAGGUCAUCUAGUAAAACUAUUUUAUCUGAAAAUGCUGAUAGCAAUAGCUUCAUUUCUCUAGCAGAAGCUAUUCCAUCAGGUAAUGCUAGUAGCAAUGUCUCCAGUUCUCCAGCAGAAGCUCCUCCAUCAACUAUUUCUAGUAGUGAUGGCUCCAGUUCUCUAGUAAAAGCUACUCCAUCAACUAGUUCCAGUAGCAAUGUUUCCAAGUCUCCAACAAAUGCAGCUUCAUCAGCUAAAGCCAGUAAUGAAGUUCCCAGGUCUCCGGCAGUGUUGUCGGGCUCUUCUAGCAAAAUUACCUCAACAGUUACAAAGACCAAUGCUAGUUGUAAUGCUCUACCUGUGAGCAGAAUGGACUCUCUGAUAGAUGAAGAGGAAGCUCUGCUACUGGAGGGAGACAUGUUAGAACUAGAAGAUGUUGAUGAGGACCAACUCCUACUUUGAGGUUUCAUAGGUUUAUAGGGAUAUUAUUAUUGAGGUUAUAAACGUACAAUUAGUUGACUCUCUCAAACACAGUCAACUGCACUGAAGAAGUCUUUGAAGACACUAAGGGCUAUCAUGAGAGGGAAAUGUGUAAAAAUGGCCCAGUCUUGCAAUGGAGACAUUCAACAUGUCUCAGCUAUCCCACAUAUAGGAGAUAAAUCUUUAAAACAUAACUGGUCUUCUCUCGACCACUGUUGAGUGAUGACAAGUUUCACCAUUUUGGUCAAGGACAGACCAAGAUGUGAUUCAAAGAUAAUCUUCAAAGUAAGAAGCCACUUAGAAAUGUAAAAUGCAGUUAAGAGCUGUGUGUAUUAAGGCCUCAGUCAGAGAUUGUCUUUAGCAGAUCUGAAGAGGAACCCUGACAGAUGCCUAAAUGUAUACAUCUCUCUGUUGAAUGUUUCACAUUUCUCUUUCAUUUGUUUCUCACCCUGCAAGCUGUAGUUUAUUAGUACUGAGUUACAUGGGUUAUGACAACCGUGGCUUGGUCUUGGACCUGGCUUUCUCUUAUAAGCCAUUGACCUCCAACUUGUGGGUUGUUUCACUAUGGUAUUGUCACUUUUAUUCUUCAGAUUAUACAUGUAAUUUCUUACCACAUUCUUUUUAUUUGAUGUCUGCUGUUGAGCAUUUUUUUUUAUAUUUUAAAUUGAUAUUGGAAUGAUAUUUAUCUGUUAUAUUUCUGCAAUGUAAUUAAGUUUUUAUCUGCUUUUGUUCAUUACGUCUGAAGGAAAUUAUUGAGUUUGUAAUACAUGAUGGAAUCUUGUAAAUUAUUCUUCAUAUAUCA